ACGACCUCGCGAGGAGGGGCAGAGGAGCCCGACGGGGAGGACGAGGAAGAACCGUCGUCGCCCGACGUCCACCACUGCCAGGAGCCUCCGGGGAGAGCGGCUGGCCCCGAUCCUCCGCCAUGUACACGCUCAGGCUGCCCCCCAAGCUCUGCUGGAGCCUCCUGCGUCUGGGUCCCGCCCCAGGGUCUGGGGGGAUCCCGGCUUUGACGUACCUCGUUUCCCAGCCUCUUGGGGUGAGGCAGUAUGCUGCACAGGCUGCCGAGGCCGUCCUGGAUAAAACAGGCACCAGCACAACAUCUGCUGCUCAGACCGUUCAGGACAAGAAAUCUUUAGCUGCGGAGUCCAAGUCCUUCGCCGUUGGGAUGUUCAAGGGUCAGGUCAACACAGAGCAAGUGUUUCCUUAUCCUUCAGCCCUGAGUGAAGAACAAGCCCAGACUUUGCAGGAGCUGGUGGGCCCCGUCUCCCGAUUCUUUGAGGAGGUGAAUGACCCAGCCAAGAAUGAUGUUUUGGAGCAUGUGGAGGAGAAGACAAUGCAGGGCCUGAAAGAGCUCGGAGCAUUUGGCUUGCAGAUCCCAGUUCAGCUGGGAGGUCUGGGUCUUAGCAACACCCAGUAUGCUCGGCUGGUGGAAAUUGUUGGUAUGCACGACCUGGGGGUGGGCAUCACGCUCGGGGCUCACCAGUCCAUUGGCUUCAAAGGGAUUCUUCUCUACGGCACCCAGGAGCAGAAGGAGAAGUACCUUCCCAAACUGGCCACAGGUGAGAGCAUCGCCGCCUUCUGCCUGACGGAGCCCACCAGCGGGUCAGACGCAGCCUCCAUCCGCACCACAGCCGUGCUCAGCCCCUGCGGCACGUAUUACACCCUCAAUGGGGGGAAGAUCUGGAUCAGCAACGGUGGCCUUGCUGAGAUAUUCACGGUUUUUGCGAAAACACCACUGAAGGACGAGGCAACUGGUGAAGUGAAGGAUAAGAUCACGGCGUUCAUAGUGGAAAGAGCUUUUGGGGGCGUCACACGUGGCCCCCCUGAGAAGAAGAUGGGCAUCAAGGCCUCCAACACGGCAGAGGUCCACUUUGAUGGCGUGCGUGUCCCGGCCGAGAAUGUCCUCGGGGCCCCUGGCGCGGGGUUCAAGGUGGCCAUGAACAUCCUCAACAACGGCCGGUUUGGCAUGGCCGCGGCGCUGGCGGGCACCAUGCGUGGCAUCAUCGGGAAAGCGGUGGAUUAUGCUGCAAACAGGACCCAGUUUGGAGACAAGAUUCAUAACUUCGGAGCGAUUCAGGAGAAACUGGCUCGCAUGGCCGUGUUGCAGUACGUGACGGAGUCCAUGGCCUACAUGAUCAGUGCAAAUAUGGAUCAGGGGGCUUCUGACUUCCAGAUUGAGGCGGCCAUCAGCAAAAUCUUUGGCUCGGAAGCGGCGUGGACUGUCACAGACGAAUGCAUCCAGCUCAUGGGCGGGAUGGGGUACAUGAAGGAUACUGGUGUGGAGCGGGUCAUGCGGGAUUUACGGAUCUUCCGGAUCUUCGAGGGAACCAAUGACAUCUUGCGCUUGUUUGUGGCGCUCAACGGAUUCCAGAACGCGGGGAACCAGCUCCGCGGAUUGCAGCGUGCCAUCAAGAACCCCAUCGGAAAUGCAGGACUCUUGGUCAGUGAGGUCAGCAAGCGGGUGCGCAGGAAAGCCGGCUUGGGGACUGGGAUCACCCUGAAGACUGUAGUGCACCCUAGCCUCAGUUCAAGUGGUGAGCGGACGGUCCGGGCGAUUGAGCUCUUUGCAGGCGUGGUGGAAGAGCAGCUUCUGAAACAUGGCAAGAAGAUUAUUGAUGAACAAUUUGUGUUGAAGCGCAUUGCAGACAGCGCCAUUGACCUGUACGCCAUGGUGGUCGUCCUCUCCAGAGCCUCCCGUUCCCUGGAGCGCGGGCACACUUCGGCCCAGCAUGAGAAGAUGCUUUGCGACACCUGGUGCAUUGAGGCCUCGGACCGUAUCACCCAGAACCUGAUGUCCCUGCGAUCCGAUACCACGCGGCAGUUCUUCCGGAACCUCCGGGGCAUCUCCAGAGCGAUGGUGGAGUGCGAAGGGGUGGUUUCCCCCAACCCCCUGGGCAUCUGAGACGUGGCGGCUGUUUCUGAAAGCUUGGUCCCAAGAGCACCCUCCUCUAUUCCUCCCCCGCUUCCCCUCAGACUCCAUUCUCAGGGCCUGCAUAUUUCAGGGAGGGGGCAUUCUCCGUCCCUGGCUCCCCUGUUGAAGAGGGCUGGUCGUACCUUCUGAAGAUCAAACCCCUCUGCGAUGCCAAUGCCUUAAUGGACCCCCAGCAAAAGCAAGGAGAUGUGUGCACCCAAGAACCUGGUGCAGACCACAGUCGCAGAGUGCCCAGACUGGAGUGGGUGGGGUGUCUUCAAAUACACGCACACACACCCACUUGAACUGGACUUCAUGCAUCUGGAAAUGCCAAGACACUUCUCCCUCCGCCUCCAGUUACCCCAAAACAUGGAGUGACAAAAUUCUCCCAUUGGCAGCACCGGAGCCCAGCUCUGAACCCGAUUCCCCGGCACCCCUGCAACCCACCUGUGUUGGAGCCUUUAGCCAUAAAUCAGUAGCGUGUAUUUGAGAUUCUCUGGUACUGAUGAAUGUAUUGUCUGUGGAUAACCAUUAAAUGACUUUGGCAAA